UAUCUCAAGAGGAUAAUGCAGUGCUCGGUAAUGUUGGGACAAGACCAUAACAGUGGGAAUGUUAAAAUGAAGACCGUUAACAGUUAUAAGAAUCCUUACAAGAAGGAACCGAACCUCGACAUAAUCGUUGACCAGCUGUGCACCAGACUUCAGGACAUCAAGGACCAAGAAGCCGCGCCACAAGUAGGCAUGCCCACGUGUUCCAUCGAACAAGCGGAGGCCGUACGUCGAUAUUACGCUGCGUUCCCGGCUCUGAAGAAAGGGCGAGAGUCGCCGCUGCAGUACUACCUGCCGCCUCCGGCCUGGUGUCGCAAGCCCGAUCCGGACUUCAAGGACAAGAUGCAAUGCGAACUGCCGCUCGCUAAGGAAGCCAAAAACAGGAAGCUGUCUUCGGGAAAGGAACGUCGAAAUUCGUACCACGGUCAAAGGAAGAGCAACAAGAAACGCUGCAACAGUUACAGCAGGUCCUUCGAAAGCAAAGAGAGUCUGCCGGAGUGGGUCACGCACGAGGGAGUCUGGGACAUGGACACGCAGGACCCCGUCAAGGAGUUCAUCCGGGCCAUCGCGCUCGACGAGGGCUACGGCACCUGCGAGAACACCGUCACCGACGAGCUCAAGGAGAUCGCCGAGGUCAAGAUCCGCAUGGACGACAACGUGGUGCCCGACUGGGACGACAGCCUCGACCUCGACGCCGACUGGGUCAUCACCGAGGACCUCAACCACCCGAAGGUGCGCACGCCGAUGGAGGAGGAGCUGUACGCGAAAUUCGAAGCCAAAUUCGAUCGCAGCAUCGAGGCGCUGUGGUCCAAGGACCAAAACACGCCCGACGACGAGUACCAGGAUCUCCCGAUCGACUUCCAGGACCUGCUGUCGUCGCCGUCGGACGGCCUGUUCGCGGGGCCGGCGCCGGCCUCGCCCGCGCGCGACUCGCUCGCGCUGCACGACCGCCUGCGGCCGCUCAACCUCAACGAGCCGCGCGAGCUGCAGUCCUUCGCGCUGUACGAGGGCGAGGACAUCUACGACGCGCUGUCCUGCGUCGCCGGCACGCUGCGCUCGUUCUCCGCGCUCAACCACAGCCGCGAGAGCAGCGGCUUCGCCGAGGUGCCGCCGCGUCGCCGCGCCCGCGCNGCGCGCCCGCCGCCGCCGCCGCCGCCGCCCGCGCCCGCGCCCCAGCCGCCGCGCGAGGACCUGCUCACCUCCGCGCGCACGCACUUCCGGCCCAUCCGCCGCGAGCCCGACGAGCGCGCGCGCUACGCCGACGGCGACACCUUCGACAUCCGCGGCGAGCUGGAGCCGGUCGAGUUCACGCGCAGCGCGUCCGGCGGCGUGUACCUGGCGGCGUCGCGCGAGCGCUACCUCGAGUACCGCGGCUGCAAGACGAUCGACUACGGGCGGCUGAAUCUGACGCCGGCGCAGCGCUGCCCCGACUUGGAGGACCCGGGUUUUCGGCUGCGGUUUCCGCUGCGGCAGGCGGACGCGGCCGUGCAGACGGAGGCCGAGGAGGAGGAGUGCGGGCGCGCGGCUAAGAAGAAGCGGCCGGCUGACGGCGCAGAAUGCGCGCCGGACGAGGCGCUCGAGUGGGAGGAGUUGUUGUCGGACAUCAGCGCGGCGCACGCGCAAUACGCCGGAGCGGGAGCGGGAGCGGGCGCGGACGAGGGCGGCGGCGACCGCAAGCGGCGGCACAGCGCGGCGCUGCGCUGCGGCGCGCCCUGCUCGCAUCCGCACGCGCGCUUCCUGCCGUGCUGCUCGCUCGACCGCCCGCUCACGCGCUAACGCCGUAGGUAGGCCGCCGUCGACGCCGGGUCGAUUCUUCUGCGCUUCUGUCGGUGACUCGCCGUGGUGUUCCGUUUGCGAGAGAUGACGCGCCGUCUCGGACGAGUCGAUGACGUGUAUCCGAUAGAACGAGCGGCCCGUUGUCGAUGCCGUCUGCACUGUUUCCGCCGUUACCCAGUUCCGAGCUGAGGUGGAAUUGUGUAAAGCAAUCGUAACCAUUUGACAAUUCAUAACGUACGAUAAAGUCAGUUAUACAAAGCGUUUGACAGAAUAAUCGUACGUUAUGAACUGUCAAAUGAUUACGAUUGCUUCACACAAUUUCACCUCUAGUCCUGAACUAACAUUCACUGGUUGAGGGCGGAAACGCUGCUGAAACUGACGCUACGGCGAGUCGUUUGCAGAUUGUGAAUCCGUUGGAUCGAUGUCCAUCGUGUCGGAAGCGGGACUGACGCAGCGCGGCGACACGCGUCGCGAGGCCCGCAGCUCUCGACUAUUUUGUGGCUCCGUUGGGACUUCGACUCUUGUUUAACUUUGCAAAGUUUCCGAAAUGUUCCGAGAUCCGCGGCGAUGUCGGUUCCGUCGAUAGAAAUCGUUUCUUAGUAUUAAAAUUAAGUAAAACAGGAUUUUAUCGUGCAUACUUAAUUCUAAUGUUAGUGAGUGGUGGAGGUUUGGAGAAUAACAUCUGUUUUUAAAACUCCCGACUGACGCGUCGUUAAUUCUCAACUUUGGUUAACCAGAUUCGCGUUAAUUAAAACUUUGCAAAGGAUGUAAACGAUUUGUUUUUUUUUAAGUUGACUGUUGCCACUAGGUAGCUGAACAGAGCUGUGGGUGAUAGUACUGAGACAUUUAAAAGUAGUAAUUUAGUUUUUCCCCCUUUAACCGCUUAUAUUUAAAUAUGGCAAAAGCCGUUCGAUUUGCUUUGUUAUUUACAUUUUACUGUACGCAGAAAUAUCGAUAUUAAAUGUCUCGGUACUGCGUUCGAUUAGCACUCUGAAUAUUAAUAGGUCUACGCGAUUUAUUUGAUUGUCGGGUGUGAAUGUGGCAGUUUGAUCAUAGUGGCUUAUUUCGACGGUCGCCUGACACGAGUAUAGUCCACAGAAAAUGGGUGUUUAUCGACUUGUAACGAUCGAUUCGUUUUCCCACUGUCUGGCCGCGCGGCCUUCAAACAACUAGCGAUUAUUACGCUAUUACUGUGUCAAGGCGACUGAGUUUUUUUCUUUUCCUGAAAUAUCUAACAGCAUAAUACUGUAUUAUAUAUUCGCCCUGUUUCAUUGAUCAUAUUAUUAUUGUUAUUUAAAGUUUAAAAUAUAUUGUGGAGAGUUGAAACAUGCUAUAGAGUCGAAACACUUCGACGCGUUCAAGUGGCAUUAUAUGGAAAAGUUAGCAAUAAUAGUAGGAUUAGCAAAGCCUGACUCGCUGCGUCCUCCGAAUGGCUUAGAUGUGGUACAAAGGGCUAGAGAAGUGCUAACAUAUCUUAUGAUUGUAGAUAUUGUGGGAGGAGUAUACAUGUAACAUUAAUUUAGUUCAAUUUUUUCUCUUUAGAGAUUUCAUAUUAAUGUAGAAAUGUUUGAUGGAAUGCUUUCGCUUGCGACAUUAUCAACAAUAUUUGGUAAAGAUUGAAUAAUGUUCGAAAGUGUUCGACGCGCGACUCGUAACGAUCGACAUGAAAUUUUAAUAGACAUUUCUGUAACCAAGUUGAUGUAUUAAUUUGAAAGUAUUUUGUUUUAUUAAUCGGUAAUUAAAAAUAACGCAUCUAAACGUCAGCAUUCCAAGGCGAACAUGGGACGAUUCUAAUAUAAUUCUUACAAUAAUAUCGUCCAAAGUUGUUUAAAUAAUUUGUUAAUGUAAAACGUAGAUAGAGCAGGUAUUUUUUAUUUUUGUUAGUAUUUUUUCGUUUACGUUUUCUGGCCGAUGAAAUUCUUCAAAAUUUUCGCGGUAUUUAAAUUAUCUGUUUUCCGUUACUACAUAGUUGUGGAGGCGAUAUUACGCCUCGGUGUUAGCGGACAGUAGUGGACGGUUUGUUUCGUGGUUUGUCCAAUAUGUCUAAGAUUUACACGCGGCGAUUUUAUUGAAUAGCCGUUUUAUAUAACGUAGGGCGGCGCGCCCGCCCCUAGCGUAGUUCGAGGUGUCGUGCGGACAGUGGAAGCCGGGCCGAAGCCCGCAGUGACGGACGGACUAUAUUAUAUUGUGCCCUUCGAUUAUUAUGCGCGUCGACACUGCUCAUAACCGCCGAAAGAUGAUUUUCAGGAAUCGUGAUACAAUUUACUUUUGAUGGAACGUUUUGAAAGUGUUUAUUUGACAGCCGGUGCUUAUGAUCAGUGACGGCGGAAAUUGUAACAUAAUUUACAGCUCCAAAUAUGGAUUAUAACAGUUCAUAUAGGCGUAACUGUUAUUAUAGUUUAUGUAAAGCAUAAGAAGUGUAUAUGUUAUAUUUUCGUAUAUUUUCGUUUUAUAUGGGGCGGCUGCGCAGGGCCUCAGGGCUGCCGCGUCGCGCGUUGUCACCGGCCGCUUGCCAGCCCUGUGCAGAACCCCCCUACAUACUUUAUUUAUUUCACUUGAAGCCUUAUCUAGUUACAAUUUCAUAUAAAAUUUUAAUAUUCGUGCAAACUUUGCUACUAAUGUGUCGUGUUUUAUAUAUUUAUUUUUCUGUAGUGUGAUUUACUUCUGUUUGUAAUAACUGAAAACAAGAAAAAAAUUAAAAAAAUGUCAUUGCAAAAUUUGCAUCAGAAAGGCUAAUUGUAUAUAUGUAUUUAGUAUAUCGUGAAAAUAAUGUAUAGACAUUUUCAGUUUAAAAAUUUUGUUGUUACACUUUCGUUGAUAUCCGUUGUUACUUCUUUAUCUGGAAUAUGUUUUCUAUGUUUAUACUAUUAGAUGAAAAUAAUUUGUUGUCGCCACCAAUAACUACAAUAUUUCAGAUACUGAAGCAGCUUUUCUGUUUAAAUUACGUCGUAGAAUGGUUGGGUAUAUUUUAAACUUAUUCAAUGUUCAUUUUUGCGUGUCACGUUAAUAUAUUUCAUUUUCUGUCAUAAGUUCAUAUUAUAUUGUACUUAUUCUAUUAACGAUAUUUGCUAAAUGAUACCUCGAUAAAAAAAUGAAAAUCAAAAAAAAAAAUGUUUAGAUUCAAGAUUGCAUAUAAUAUUAUGUUUGAUUAGUAAUUAAUCUAAUGUAAUGUGCCUAUGCACUUGUUAAUCUGCGUGAUAUCCGAAACAACUGUGGAUAAAGAAAUGUUUUUGUCAACGCUCGUUGAUAAACAACAGGUACGUUUGCAAUGGGGACGACGGGGGACACUCGCUUACUGUAACGAACGAAAACGCGCCAUUGCAAACUUGGCGGUGCGACUCCAAUAGAACGAUUAAAAUGUAUUGGAUUUACGAAUCGACAAUUGUAAUAUAUUUUAGUGGAUCUAUUGCUGUCGCAUACGUUGUAUUAUAAUACAUUUUAAAAUAACUCUCGUCCUCUUCGGCCAGAAGAUUAUGUGCCUUGAGCCGACGUCAAUGGGAGUUAUUUUAAAACGACGUCCCCGUAAUUAUAGUUAACUUUAACUUUGUAAGCCACUCGAUGACUAAGUGGCGAGAGCUUUCAGUAAAUCGAUAUCUAUUUCAAUAAUAACACAAUAUUCGACAGCGAUGGAUUCUUUGUUUGUAUCUGUGAGUUGAGAGCAGAGCAACACGUUUCUCUAAGAACUUUUGGACACGUAGCUAUCCAGCACACGUUUAAAAUCUAUUAUAUUACAAGAAAUAUUUGCAUGUAGUAGUGAUUGUUAAGUAAAAAUCUUGUAACGCUCUCUCCUCGAGUAACAAGUUAGCUUGUAACCGAUUGCUACGACGCCCUUGGUUACAUGCACAUUUGUUUACAUUUCAUAUCAAAUUAUAUAAUUUUCUUUUUGUUUUUGAAAUUUCGUAAAUUCAUUAGAAAUAAAAAAAAUGUAUCUUAUAGGCCGGGGUAGGAGCAGUCAAGGGAUUUCACCUCUUCAUUUUUGCCAAUCGGAACAUUUCCUACUAACUUUAUUGUAACAGCACGGCAAAACUUUCCACAGACUAUUCGAUUCACUUUUUAUAAUUUUAAUUAUUGUAAUUGCACACGAAUGAUUUUUAUUUUGCAUUGUCACAAACAUUGUAAUUAAAAACUAGAAAUACAUAAAUAUGUUAGUGAUUUAAUACCUACUGUUCGAUAGAUUGUACAUUUCUAUUUGAAAUUCCAAGUCGUUUGAUUAGAUUAGAAGUGGUUAUCCCUGAAAAUAGUUACCAUUUUCAUAUGUUAGGUUGUGCUCACUACUCUGGUACUUGCCACCUGUGGGAAGAAAUAAAAAUAAACAAUCCACAA